CUCUAUUUCACCUGCAACCGCACGAGAAUUAAAAGAGAAGGACGGGGAGUGCUUUCAGUUGUAAACCCAGCGGCCUGCGGGAAACCCUUGUACGAUCUUCUCGAUCCUUCUCUAUCCGUUCCUGUCUUCCAUGGGCGACGGCGUGAAGGGAACGGUCACCCCCCUCGGAUCCCUUUUCUCCCCCGAGGAGGCGCGGAAGGCCGCACAGCGGGUGGAGGGAGCUGUCGUCCAGCGCAGUAGCGAGCUCCGGCGUCUCCAGGGCUUCGUCUCCGAGAAUUCCGCCCUUAUAUCCCUUGUUCGCUCCCUUCCGGAUGAGCUCUCUCACGAAAUCAUGGUUCCUUUUGGAGGUGUGGCUUUCUUCCCUGGCCGCCUUAUCCAUACCAACGAGUUUCUGGUAUUGUUAGGAGAUGGAUAUUAUGCAGAGAGGACUGCGAAGCAGACUAUGGAUAUUUUGCAUAGGAGGGGCAAGGCAAUGGAAGCCCAGGUUGAGGCUUUGAAGGCGACGAUGUUGGAUCUUGAGGCCGAGGUUAAGUUCUUCAAUUCCACAGCGGAAGAGGCUAUUGAGGGGAUUGUGGAAAUAAGGGAGGAAUAUGUUGAAGAACCUGAGAAGAAUUCUUUGAGUUCAGAUACUGUUUCAGAUUCUUUACACUCCUGCAAGACAGAAAAUCUGCAAAAGCUUGAUGAAGAUGAAGAUGAAGAAUAUGCUCGAAUUAUGGCAAGGAUAGAAGAACUAGAAAGGAUGGAGGAGCUUGAAAAUGGAAAUACUUCAGAAGAUAACACUCAGGAGAAUGAGGAUACUGUGGUUCGUGAUGGAGAUGGGGGUAGCAAAGCUGGAGAUGAAGAUGAAGAUGAGGACAUUGAGGCUGGUCAUAGUUUCUCGACAUUAGAUCAUAAAUAUGAAGUUAUUGAGCCAAAGCAAAAACUAAAAGAUCCCUUACAGAAGGCUAGCGACCAAAAAGUUCUGAGUUCAUUUAUUUCUCGUCAGACCGGAAACAUUUCAAAACAACAACUAAAGGAGGAAGCAUUUAGUAACUCGAGGAUGCAAUUUCCAGUUGAAGCUCAUUCUUUUAGUAACAAAGAACUGUCUGUUGGCAAAGAGAAGACUGCAUCAUCUCCAUUUGAUGCCCAGUCAUCUGUUUCAAAGAUUGAGGAUUCUCCGCAUGAGACUACAGGACAAACACUUAAUAUAGUCUCAAGGGGUCACAAAGCAUUUUCAGGCUCUAUUGUUGAGCGUGAUCUUGAUCCUCAACCCGUACAGUCAUCAAAAAAUACCAAUCUGUCACAGGCAUUUACAGGCUCUAUUGUUGAGUGUGAUAUUAAAGGGGAGUCUUGGCGCAACGGUAAAGUUGUUGUCAUGUGACCAAAAGGCCACUGGUUCGAAUUCUGGAAACAACCUCUUGUAAAAAACAGGGUAAGGCUACGUACAAUGAAUCUUUCCCCGGGACCCCACAUGGCGGGAGCUUCGUACACCGGACUGCCCUUUUUAUUGUUGAGCGUGAUAUUGGUCCUCUACCCAUACAGUCAUCAAAAAGUACCAAUCUGUCAGACUGUCACAGUUAUGACACAUGCAACAAUUUCUUAUCCUUAAAUAAGUAGGGAUCUAAAUACAUGAUACCAGUACUCUUUCAUGAAUCAUGAAAGAUAUAUUAUAGUGUGAACAACUAAGAAUAGGCAUAUUAGAUUAGAUAUAAUCAGAUGUUGAAAAAUGAAGCUAGAUUAGAUAUAAUCGGAUGUUGAAAAAUGAAGCAAUUGAAUAUGAUUUUUUUUUAUCAUCCUCACAUGCAUAAUGAUAAUUGCUACAACUAAUGAGUUUUGUCGUAUAUUACUAGUUAUUGAUAUAUUGUUAAUCUUGAGGGUUAUUUAUUAAGGUGUGAUCACUGGUUGUAUAUAUAACAAAACUGUGCUUUUAAUUUGAUCUCAGACAAACCAAACCACCCCCUUUCACCUGCAAGUGUGAUCUCUUGUAAUCUCCUGCUCCUUGUAAUGGCCUUCUUCUCCCUCAUCUGGCACAUGUCUCUUGUUGUCCCAUGCCUUAUGAUGUCUGAAUCCCCCUAAUGAUGGUGAUCCUGUCCCCCCUGCCAACGAUCUUUAGCUCAGCAAUCUCGGCACUCUGUCACUUUCCCACUGUUUGACAAUCCCUUGAUUCCCCUCUACAUGAUGGAUCAUUCUGGUGAGUUUAAGUGAAAUAAUAUCCAAGUUAUGUUCCAUAAAAGGAACCAAAAUAUACAAAUUUGAAAUAGCAAUCUAUGGCCUCAGCAAAAUCUUUGAAUGUUUUACAAUAUUUUAUGAAGUAAUCACUUUGUUGGUUUAAAGUGCAACGAAACAGGUUUUCUGAUAUUUAUAUGAGAUAGAAUAAGUUUAAUAUGUUGAUGUUAUGCUCUGAUGGUGACGUGGAUGACAAUGCAAAAGCUAAAAGAAAUGGAAGCUGAGUCUUUCACUAAGUAUUUUAAUGCCAAAAUUCAUUUUUUUGACUGAAACUUGUUUAUAGAUUGAUUUUGGAAGUCUUGUGCAAAGACUAGAAUUUAAUAGUGUCAAGGUUGUAAAUACUAACUAACAAAUGCAAAAGGUAUGCAAGUGACCCGCUACUACAAAUAUGUGUAUUGUGAGUGCGUAUGCAAAGGCAUAUACAGUCAAAAUUUUAAUAAGAUUAUUUAUAUUGAUAAUAUGCUCAACAUAUAGAUGGCAAGGUUUACUUUUCACUAAUUUAGUCCGCAAUCAAUUUAAUAUAUGCCAACCUAGCAAUUCAUACUAUGCAAAAUAAGUUGUAUAGUUUAUACUAAUUAAUCAUAUAAUGAUUAACACACCAUCUGAAAUAUAACAAAAACAUAAGUAGCAUGCAUAUAAUCAAUAUAUUAAGUAUAAAUUAUCAAGACAAACAGAAGAUAUGCUAUAGAAAACUAAGACAUGUAGUAAUAUAUCAUUCGAUCAAUUGCAAGUAUAUGUCGUGUGACCUUUGUGCGGUCUAUCAGACCAUGCUACGAAGUCGCUAUAAAUGCUCACAACACAUCCCUUAUACUACAUCAUCAACGACAGAGAUGGUUAUUGCACAUGCACAAUAACAAAAGUAACACACUAUGUAAAAUAAUAGAGCUGCAUUCUACAACAAAACAAGGGAAAAUUACUCAAAACUCCCUAAUAACAAAUUAUUCUUCCUCUUCAAUCCCCAUGUCAGAAAAAGUUUAUUUCCACUCCCUGCAUGCAAUUUUUUCUUUGCUUCAACUCUCUAAUGCAUACCAAUUUAUCUAAUUGCCCUUCAUUUUUUAUAGGUACAAAAAGUUCAAAAUGAGAUAUAAUUCUUUUUAAAUUCAGCACAUUUACAUUAGAAUCUAGUAUAUUUUCUAUCAAAUUGAGCACGAUUUUUUCCCCGCCUACCAAUCGAUUGGGAGCUCAUAUCAAUCGAUUGACUUAGGCUUAAUCGAUUGGGUCAAUCGAUUCAGCUUAAGCCAAUUAAUGGUAUGAUUCCCCGAUUGGAUCAAUCGAUUCAGCUUAAGCCAAUUAAAUGGUAUGAUUCCCAAUCGAUUGAUUAGACGGAAAAAAAGUUGUGCUCAAUUUGAUAGAAAAUAGACUAGAUUCUAGUUUAAAUGUACUGAAUUUAGGAAGAAUUAUACUUUUGGACUUUUUUUACCUAAUAAAAAAUGAGGGCAAUUAGGUAAGUUAGUGUCCAUUAUGUUUGGUUAGGGAGUGAGAGCAAAUAUUUUCUGAUAUGGGAACUGAGGGUAAAGUUUAAGUUGUGGUUGGAGAUUUUAAGACCAUUUACUGACAAAACAACCCUCAUAAUUAUGAAGCUAGUUUAGAGAAUAGAACUCCACCUGUCCAUAAUUUGGCUGAAUUUUACCCAACUCAGACCCCUCUAGCUCCUUACCAACCAGCUUUGUGCUAGACUAAGACAUGCAUAAUCUGUUGUAAAUUACCAUAUUAGACACUUUUUGAUUUAAAGUGCGCCUCUUUGAAUUUUGACUUAAAAUAAAUCUUCCUCCCUCCAAUCUUAAAUAAAAGAAUCUAAUGGUUGAGCAUUAAUCCAACUUUCAACUUCAAUUGAUGAGGAUGUGGACGCAGGCAUCUUUUCCCAAGUAAAACAUAUGGUGAGAAACUUGCCUUAUAAAGUCACUCCUAGCAUCGUUCUUGAGUUCACAGAUCAAGCUGUGCUGCCUGUGCAUUUUGUAAUAUCAAAACAGGUGAUGAAUGUAUCAGGCAUUCAUCUGGAAUUUCUAUUUGUUAGAUAAUCCACACUCAUUAUAUCUCUGCAUACUAUAUUCCUGUAUUAGUAAUCAAGUAUUUGAUUACAGAAUAGAACUUUUAAUCUAUUCUUCCAUCUUUUUUUUCCGUGUCAUCUCCAUUCAUCUUAUGAUGUUUUUUUGGGUAAAAUUACCUAAAUGCAACAGUCCUCUUCCAGAAACAAUAAAAACAAACCUGUUUGCGUAGCUUAUGCAAGUCCUUAGAUUCCAUCUUUUUGUAGUUCAAUUUCUUGACUCAAUAUACCUACAAUGUUCCUGCCGUAGUGCCUCAUCUUGUUGUCCCUGAUGGUGUCUAUUUAGAA